AUGAGUUCCAUCAUCAACCGCUGUGUGUACAGCCAGAUUCAGGGCCAGUCUCUGAAGGACGGAAGGCGACGCAGUUUGCCUGUGCAGCUGAUUAUCUUGGCAGCGACAACUGCUUUUGAUAUAGGCAUCACAGCAGGAGCUGCUGUUGCUGCAGCGGCAGUCGGUGCCCAUGUAACUGGGCAGCCGUUGACCAGCCAGAUCUUGCGUUCCGCGGUGAUUGGCGGUGUUGCAAAAGCGGGUUCAAUGGCCGUUCAUGGAUUGGUGUCAUUUGGAUUAUACGGCAAUGUGGCUGCUGUCCUGGCGCUACCGCUACUUAUGCUCAUGUCCUUUGGGACAAAUGUACUUGCGGCUGCGGUGGUGUCGCUUCGAGUACUUGACGAAGCUCCGAGCGAGCUACUGAUCGCUGCUGUCGUGGCGUCUAUGCCGCUAUGCCUGUCAUUUGCGUGGUAUUAUGGCGCCUUCAAUGUGCCAAUCACCUUUUUCAACAUCGCAUUCGAUGCGCUAGGUGGGUUCACGUUUGCGCGAAUUGCCGAUAGCCUGGGAAGCCCAAUUUGCUCUGGAUCGACUGCAGCAGCUGCGGGGGCGGCGUUUGGCGCGGUCUCCACGGUAGGCUCGACCCUGUUUGGCUGCUGCAUCAUCGGCCACCCUCGCCGGCAGGCCAUCUACAAUGAUGGUUCUGCGUGGAAUGUCUCAACGUCAGGUCAUUUGGAAGCCGGCUGGUGUGGCAAUCGUGUAAACGUAUACAAGUCGACUCACGAGGUUCUAACAGGGCCUGGGGUCAGCGGAAGCUACAACAGCCAGACAACGGGUUGGGUACAGAAUAGCGCGCACGGAUUCGGGUGGCAGUGGGAUACUGGCCAUACUCGGGCGCAUGCAGGGUGGUUUACCACGACGACAAACGACCAUACGUCCACGACAGGAUGGGGUAACAGCACUGAGAUUAGAUUUUAG